AUGAGCGACACCGCCAGCAAUGAGGCCUCGUCGCCAACGUUUGAGAAGCCCCUCUCGAGCCCAAUCCACCAGAUCCAACGCAACGCCAGCACCAAGCAGCUGAAGCUUAUGAACGGUCCCCUUUACCAGCAAGGCCACAACAAUGUCAAUGUCGUGCUUAUCCGAAGGGUCAGAAGGACAGACGACAGCGCCUGGAAGAUGUUGAGCCGUUGGAUGGUCGAGAACCAAAUCGGUCUCUCCUUCAAUCUCCUUGCCCUCCUCUUCCUUGCCCACUUCUUCAUCCCGAAGGCGCAGCCUCACACGGUCAAGUUCUUCACCCUGUCAUACUAUAACCAGCAAACCGGCUUGUAUGGCGCCGGCCUUGGCGACUCCUGCCUCCUCGCCUUCUGCAUCGUCCUGUUUACUGGCCUCCGCGCUGCGACCAUGGAAUACGUGAUGGCGCCCUUAGCCAAGGGAUGGGGCAUUAAGAAACGAAAGGACCUCACUCGCUUCAGUGAACAGGCAUGGCUGUUGGUUUACUACAUGGUUUUCUGGCCUUUGGGUAUGUACAUCUACAAGACAUCUCCCUACUGGCUGAACCUCAGGGAGCUGUGGACGAACUGGCCCCAGCGCGAGCUUUCCGGCCUCAACAAGUUCUACAUCCUGGCGCAAUGGGCUUUCUGGCUGCAGCAGAUUCUCGUUAUCAACAUUGAGGAGCGUCGCAAGGAUCACUGGCAGAUGUUCACCCACCACAUCAUCACUUGCACCCUGAUUUCCGCCUGCUACAGCUACCACCAGACUCGUGUCGGAAACCUAAUCCUUGUUCUCAUGGAUGUCGUCGACCUCUUCUUCCCUCUCGCCAAGUGCCUCAAGUACGUUGGGCUCAACACCCUUUGCGAUUUUAUGUUUGGCGCCUUCGUUCUGUCGUGGCUGCUUGCCCGUCACGUCUUCUACAUGAUGGUGUGCUGGUCGAUUUACACCCACAUUCCCGAAGAAAUCCCCGAUUCCUGCUACACAGGCCAACACCCCAACCUCGAUGGACCGCUGCCCAUGCCUGAAGGCAAGGGCUGGAUGCUUACGCCUUUCUACAAGACAGAUGGCAUUGUUUGCUGGAACUCUACUAUCCGCUGGUCGUUCCUUUCCACUCUCCUUGUCUUGCAGGUCAUUACCAUUGGGUGGUUUUUUAUGAUUCUGCGUGUUGUCAUGAAGGUCCUUCGUGGUGGAAACGCCGAGGACACCCGCAGUGACGACGAAGGCGAGUGCGAAGAGGAGGAGGAGGGUUAUGUCUACGAGGAGGCCCAGGCUCUCGAGGAGGAGGUUGGCGUUGAGGACAUUGACCUCAAGAGCUGGGAGCGGAGAACGGGUAUCAAGAGGCAAGCGAGCGCGUCUGGCGUUAGCCUACCGGGCCACAGCGACCGCAAGGAGCUGCUUGGUAGAAUCGGCUGCGAGAAGCAGGUUGACUAA